AUGCCGGCUGGCAACGGGCCAGUGACUGAGUACCCAGAGGACGAAAGCGGUGGAGGCUCUGGCAAUGACACCAACACAUUCUCCAAACGUGCCGAGGACUUCUACCUGAGAAUCCUUCCCCUUGGCGCCUCAAUCACGCAGGGCCUUUCCUCUAGCGAUGGAAAUGGUUAUCGAAAACCCCUCCGAGACUAUCUGCGUUACGAGGGAUGGAAAGUGAACAUGGUUGGCACAAAGCAGGAUGGAAAUAUGGCUGAUAAUGACAACGAGGGACAUCCCGGCGCUUGGGUGCAUCAGGUCCGCGAGAAGCUCCCCAACGUGGCGAAUUUGAAGCCUAAUCUUGUCUUGAUCAACGCCGGAACAAACGAUUGCCAAAAUCUCCAGGAUCCCAAGAGAACGGCUACCAAUAUGGCGGGGAUGAUCGAUGAGAUCUAUCAGAGGUGGCCAGACACAACCGUCAUCCUCUCUACUCUGGUCAGGAGUGGCAGCACCAAUGCAAGUAUUGUGUCUUGCACUGCGGCCGUGAGCCAGGAGUAUCGGCAACUUGUGUACAACAAGUACCGCGGCUAUCGUAUCACACUAGCCAACAUCCACGACGCCAUUCAACUGAACCAGAUCGCAGACGGCAUUCACCCUAACGAUGACGGCUACAGGCUCUUUGCGGCCGUCUGGGCAGCCGCCAUAGAUCGAGUGGCGAGAAAGAUCAAGCCACCCGUGAACGACGGCACCGUCGACGAUACGCAGACUGGAGGAUCCAAUGGGAAUACCUGCAAAAAGGUUGCCGGAAAUGCCAAGGGGCCCUUCAAGACGCAGCAAGGAAGCGGUGAAGAUGACGGCAACUAUGUCCACAAUCGUGUCGAGAGAGGCAGCAUUGCCACCAUCAGCAAGGACAUCCUUCCCCAAGGCGCUGCAGGAACUGUCCCUGAUUAUGUUUACUUUGCGAAUAUUGUCAAGGGCGAUCCCAACGCGCCCCGCGACGCCUCCCUCGAUGAUAUUAUCAUCGCUAAGCCCGACCCGGACGGGACAAUAAACUGGGUUUUCCGUCAGAACCUUGGGAGUGGCGGCUCUUUUUCCACAGACAAGGAUCUCGACGUGGAUUCGAAUUGUGGCUCUGAGAACAGUGAUGGCUUGGACGACUUCUUCUGCAUCACGCCCAAUGCUGGCGUAUGGGCUUCAUUGAAUCAAGGCGGCAAUCCACCAAACUUCAAAAAUAUUGGCCAGAUUGUCGGCGAAAGCGAUCGGACAGGUCAAGAAGUCCGCAUGGCUGAUAUCGAUGGGGAUGGAAGGGUCGACUUAUGUUUCGUCGCCGAUGGCCAGCCUGUGAGAUGCUCACGCAAUGGUGGACGAGGUGAUGAGCAUUUCUGGCAGGGGUUCCAGACUGAAGGUGGCAUUAGGGAGCAGGUCUUUGCCAGAACCGGCAACACAAUGCGGGUUUGGUUGGGUGAUCUCAACGGGGAUUAUCGAGCCGACUAUAUGUAUAUAGGGGACAACGGAAAUGUGGAUACGUUCAUCAAUCAACGAGGGCACGGCAAGGGAAUUGUACCUGAAUGGCGGAGCGCAGGCCUCACACACCCCGGCCAGGCCGACACUGGCAUCACUGGAAAUAUCAAGUUCGGCCGUAUCUACGGAUCUAACCGGCUUGACUACAUCUACCUCAGGGAAGCCGACGACCAUUACGAAGUCCGUGUCUGGGAGAACACAGGACGGGGCGGUACGAAGCGUAAAGCAGAUGGUAACUUCUACUGCGACAUGACUGGCAGCGGCUCAGACGACUACGUCUGGAUCUACUACGAUGGCAAGCUGGACCAGGUCAACCUGAACAUCCACUCACCCCCGAAUUGGGGCCACAACCUCAACAUCUCUCUCAGCGUGCCUGGGCCUCGGACGGGCAUCCACCUGGCCGACUGGGACGGAGACGGGAAAUGCGAUGUACUGGUUCAAAACAAGGCUUCGGGGGCUUUGACCCUAUAUCGGAAUGACUGGCAAUCUGGGAGAGACACCAUCACAUUUACCAAUCGAGGCGUGGUUGCCGAGACGGGGUGUAACCAAGGCUGGGGAGUCGGCAUCUUUGACCGCGGCAUGCGCAUCGCAGACAUUGAUGGCGAUGGACGAGCCGAUCCCAUCUGCAUCGAGACGAGUGGGCGAAUGACUGCGUGGCUUAAUAGAGCAUCCGGCCUAUUCAACGCCGGCCAGAUCAAGUUCGCCGAAGGUUGGGAUCGUGCCAACCUGCGGUUUGCAGACGUGGAGAACUCAGGUAGAGCAGACAUUAUCUGGAUGAACAAGUACACCGGCGCCGGCAGGGUGUUCACCAACAACGGCUUCAAGGGUCCCGGUGGGGGCGGUGGCGGCUCCUCCUUCAGCUGGACAGACCGAGGCGUUCUCUACAGUGGCGUGGACCGGGGAGAAUGUCUGUACUUUGCGAACAUAGGGGGCUUGGGCCGAGCAGACCUUCAUCAGAUCCUAGAUCCCGGAACGAACACGGCGCAAACACACAUGAACACAUGCGAGGGUGGAGGAGGGGGCGAUGAUGGCGCUGUCAGUAAGUCUCCCGUCAUUCCCACGAAACGUGGCCGGUGCCGAUGUGCCUCCAAAUGGAUCAUACCAGAGUAA